AACUCACUCAUAAAAAGAGUAUCAGGCUCUCAUAAAAUCUCUAAUUUUCUAACCAAAUCAGCAAGAGAUAGAAUGGCGGAGGCUGCUACUGAAAUUGCCAAGAAAAUGGAGGAAAAGGAGGAGACGCCAGUGACCGUGGCACCAACCAAGACGGUGGAGGCUACAAGUGCCGAAGAAGGGGAGACCAAGGUGACGGUGGCACCUCCUGAAAAGGUUGAUGCUACAAAUAAACCGGCGGAAGAGGAGGUGAAGACAACAGAGACGUCUAGCUUGUUGGGGAAGCUUGAGGCAUACGUGGAGAUCAAAGCUUCCGCGGAGCAGUUCCAUAACAUGUUCACCGCGAGACCACACCAUGUUACCAAAGCAUCUCCAGGCUACAUUCAGGGCUGUGAACUGCACGAAGGAGAUUGGGGCAAACCCGGCUCUAUCAUCUUCUGGAACUACUUUCAUGAUGGAGAGGCAAAGGUGGCAAGGGAGAGGAUCGAAGCGGUGGAUCCGGAGAAGAACCUGAUCACGUUAAGGGUUAUAGAAGGUGAUCUGAUGAAAGAGUACAAAAGCUUCUUGGCCACGCUCCAGGUGACCCCUAAGCAUGGUGGGACAGGGAGUAUUGUGCACUGGCACCUUGAGUACGAGAAAAUUGGCGAGGAUGUUGCUCAUCCCGAGACUCUCCUCCAGUUAUGUGUCGAAAUGUCCAAAGAGAUCGACGAACAUCUCUUGUCCGAGGAAUAAAAUGUGUGUGUUCCUAAAGUUCUGUAUUUAAAAUUCAAUAAGGGACUAAGAAGCCGUGUCCCAGUUUGUGUGAGAUUAUAAAUGAUGAGAGUGUGCCGUGAUAUUAUGUGCGUGUAUAAGUGUAUACUAAGAUCAUUUUACGUUGGACGUGGUAA